GACAACAACAACAUAUUGACAGAUGUUGGAAAUCGAAUCGAAACGAAAUUCCUCGCAAAAUGUCAAUAAAUGUUUUGUUGAGAUUAAUAAUUAUUAUUAACAAUAAAAUAGGACGCGCUUCUUGCAAGUGCUGAACUUUAAAACUUGACAUACAUGUGCUAUGAACAUAUAUCUGAUGAUAUGAAGCUGUGAUUAUUUUUGGGCAUUUUGAUUAGCUAAAAGUUGCUCGCGUCUCCAAGAAUGCAGAGGAAACCAGGAUUCCCCGUAGCAAACUGCAACAUCAAAAUGCCGGAUACUUCGAUAGUCCCAGACAUAGCUGGCGAUGAUGAUUGGGAGCCGCAGCAGCGGAGACAGCAACUCAUUAAUUUUGGCCACUCGCAGUGGACAUUCAAUAAUUGGAGUUGGUUGGUGACUAAACAGGAUUUGGAUUUUGUAGAAUUAGUAAAUGGAAAAUAUACAGCUGGUGUGGCAGCUUUUGUCAAUGUAACUGUGAAGAGCCUCGACAUCCAUCGUGAGAAUGUUGGGUACGCUACAUCUGUGGGAGUUACUAAAGGAUCUGCUAUACAUAGGGCAAGAAAGUGUGCAGUAACGAACGCCUUGCGCGAAACGCUGCUCAGUUUCGGCGGGAACGUCGCGUCAGAUCUGCUAGAAUUAUUAGAAACUAACAAAACGGAGACACCAGUGGAGCCGCAGCAGGAGAACAACCAAAACCUGCUGAACAAGCCGACGGAGCCGAAGAACUCGCAGCGCAAGGAGCCGGAGGUCGUGAGCGCGGUGCGGGUGCCGCCGCCCGCGAUCAAGAACGCGCCGCCCGUGGCGCUGGCGCACGUGCCGCCCAUGCCGGCCAACCUGCCGCCCAGCGUGCCGCCCAGCGUGCCGCCCAGCGUGCCGCCCGCCAGCCUGCCGCCGCGCCCGCCCGCCAACGCCCCGCGCCCGCCGCGCCCCAACGUAAGUUUCGUGGUGCCGCUGGUGGGGGGCGUGGUGCCCCCCCCGCUGUACGCGCCCCCCCGCCUGCCCGCGCCGCCCCCGCUCUACCCCAACGCCUACUACGAGUACUCGGGCCCGUGGCACUUCGCCUACGAGCCGUACGACCGGUCGCACGGUAACGUCAACCUGAACUUCAACGUGCCGCCCAAGAACCUCGUGGUGAACGGGCGCGCGGGCUCCGUCGAGUGCAAGAACGCGUGCCGGCAGGGCCCCGGACACGAGGAGCCCGGCCCCUACCCGCCGCCGCAGAACCAGGGCUGCUGGAUCAAGCCGACGAUCUUCUACGACGGCUUCUGGACGGAGCAGAAGGUGAAGAAGUGGGUGGCGGAGCAGGUCGAGAAGCAGUUCCCGGAGGACGCGUCCAAGGCUUCGUCGCCGGGCGGCCCGCCGGAACCCUCCGCGCCCAAGUCCUAAGGGUGGAGUGGAACAUAUGCUGUCCGAUCCUAUAUGUUGCGGGUGCAAAAUAUAAACAAAAAAUACACUGCUAGUGAUUACUCCUUGCCGACGUUUAAUCGGUGCGCCCGAAUUUAUUAUUUUCGUCUCUCUAAUAACGAGUCUCAAUAUUGAGAUUAAAAAUAAAAGCAAUUUUAAUGCAUUUUUAUCCCUGUAAAAGGGUUUAUGUUUCGCCCCGCGUCACAGCAUAUGUUUAGAACCUAGUGUGCUCAAACCCUAAAAAGUAUAUUUUAAAUCUCUAGACACGUAGCGUUUCGAAGUUAGUGAUAUAUACACUUAGUUGAUGUAAGUAACUAUAUUUUUAUUCAAAAUACACUAUUUUUUAUCGAAUUUUUCCUGAAGUUACUAGUUAUAGGUAUAGGAUGUUAGGAUGUCGGCCGUUUGAAGCUUAGCGUUGCAGAGAAAUAUAAUAGGGGUGGUUAAGGAGCUAAAUAAAAUGAACAUUAAUUUUAUGGAUUGAAACUUUCAUUUCAUAGUUAUCAAUCGAUAGUAUUAAAGUACACUUAUGUUUUCUUGACAAAGAAUCCGAAUAAAUUUCUAUAUUAAACUAUUCAAAUACAAUAAAACACUUGAAAGUCUUAUUUUACUUGUUAAUUUUUAACAAAGUAAAAGUACGAUUUUCAAAGACUUCAAAAACAACUAAAUCGCCCCGCAGAAUGAAAUAGAAUCGGUAUAGUUUGCUUUCUAUAGGUACUGUGUGCAGGAUUUGUAGUUGUUUUAAGCAAUAAUAGAUUAUUAUAUGUAUAUUAAGCCAAUUAAAAUUGAUCCGAUCACUGUCACGAAGUUUUAACAAUAGCUGAGAGUAAUGUGAGCAUUGCCCGGUUCUUAUUUCUAUUUAGGUAUUUAAUAAAUUUAAAACUACGAUUAUUUAUAUAAUAACAUCUAUAUACAGACAAACACACACCUACUUAAACGUAUUUAAGUAACACAGUCUGACGAGCACGCAUUAAAAAAUUGUGUGAAAGUAUUGGUAUAAGCAAUUAGAGUUUAAGAAGCUUUGCAAUCAAUCAGUCAAUUGCAUUUUACAAAAGCCAAGAAUUUACAUAACAUACUUAACAUACAUACACUACACUACAAUAUUUACAUGAUAUUAUUUUAUAGGUACUCAAUAUUUUGGAAGUAACCAGGCAAUGCUGGUACCCGCCAGCUAUUUUGCCUAUAUAUUUACAUAGGUAGCUAUAUAGAAAUGUUUACAAAUUUUUAUAAACAAAGUAUUGUACUCGAAUUUAGUUCUAAAUAAAGGAAUUGCAUUAUGUACAUAGUUCGUACGUAGAUAUAAUGAUAUUGUGUGGUAUUCAAUACGUGUUUUUAUUACAAUAAAUUGUUUGAAAUUGAAA